UCCUCUUAGACGCACUGAAUACAACCAUGUCUCACUCCGUCCUCUUUUCUCCUCUUGUCUCCAUUUUGUGACCACAAGUCUUCUUUUCUCCUCUUGUCUCCAUGUUGUGACCACAAGUCUUCUUUUCUCCUCUUGUGAGCAGAAGCUGACGUCAGGAGGUGUCACCAUGUCUGCAGAGAAGAAGCCAAAGAAGAAGAAAGAGGAGGCCAGCAGCACCACGGAGGCCAAGCUGAAAGGAGGCGAGGCCAAGAUGAAAAAAGUCAAAAAUGGAAAAAAGGUGAGGAACAAGAAGGCAGAGAAGACUAAAGAAGAAGCAGACCCAGAGAAGGAAAAGGAGACCAAAAAGAAAGUCAAAAGUGAUCCCAAGAAAAAGAAAGGUUCUGUCACGGACGAGGAGGACCAGGACGAGGAGGAGAAGGACACCCCCAAGAAGAAAGGCAAGAAAAAGACCAGCAAGGACAGCUCACCUUCUGCCAAGGAGAAGAAACCUCGAUCUAAAGAGGACAAGGAGUCGGAUGGAAAGGAGAAGAAGUCCAAGUCCAAAGAGAAGGACAAGAAGCAAGAACCAGCCUCCAUGUUCCAGAUAAAUGCUGAUAAAGACUCCAAAAGCAAAAAGAAAGCCGCCAAGUCCGAGAGCGACGAGAGCGAAGAAGAAAGCAAGUCCACCAAGUCCAAGAAGAAAUCAGCAUCGUCUCUCUUCCAGACGUCAGGAGACAAGGACAAGAAGUCCAAGAAGAAAGGUAAGGCGGAGCAGAGCCAGUCGGACUCGGAGAAAGAAGAGAAAUCCAAAAAGAAAAAAGGCAAAGGGAAGAAGAAGAAGACAAGAUCGCCAUCGCCCGAGAUCCACUUUGACAACCUGGAGGUGUUUGUGUUGGAGCCUGCAUCUCAAGGCAGGACUGUGAAGUGCAGAGUGACCCGGGACCAGCGGGGGAUGGACAAGAGUCUCUACCCGCUCUACUACCUGCACCUGGACAAUGACAAGAAGACCUUUCUGCUGGCUGGCAGGAAAAGAAAAAAAUGUGCAACCUCUAAUUAUCUCAUCUCUACUGACGCUACCGAUCUAUCAAGAGGAGGACAUAAUUUCAUAGGGAAGCUGAGGUCCAACUUGAUGGGCACCAAGUUCACGGUCUUUGACAACGCUCUGAACCCCGAGAGAGCCCUACCAGACAUGUCUAAUGCCCGGCAGGAGUUAGCAGGCAUCAUCUACGAGACCAACGUCUUAGGGAUGAAGGGCCCCAGGAGGAUGAUGGUCAUCGUCCCCGGCAUGGACAAGGACGACGAGCGAGUGGCCCUACGGCCAAGAAAUGACUGUGACGGCCUGCUGAUCCGGCACCAGAACCGCAGGAUGGAGAAUCUGAUUGAGCUUCACAAUAAGACGCCGGUGUGGAACGAAGAAACCUCCUCACAUGUGCUCAACUUCAAUGGCAGGGUCACCCAGGCCUCCAUUAAGAACUUCCAGAUAGUCCAUGACAAAGACUUGGACUACAUCGUGAUGCAGUUUGGCCGAAUAGCUGACGACAUUUUCACUCUGGACUUCAAGUACCCUCUGUGUGCUGUGCAGGCCUUCGCCAUCGCGCUCUCUAGCUUCGAUGGUAAACUGGCUUGCGAGUAACACACACACACACACACACACACACACACACACACACACACACACACACACACACACACACACACACACACACACACACACACAGGCGCACACACACACACGCACACACACACACUUUCAUAUAUUUCUUACCUUCUUGAGACCUCCAAAAAAAUGCCUACCUCUGUAGGACCACCCUUUUCUAGAUAUAAAAAGAUUUGUAUUUACAACAUUGAUAAUAUAUACAUAUGUACUAUGCCAAAGGUCAGAAUGUCACAAGAAAAACUUGGACUUUUGGCAGUGUUAUAAUAAAAGUCGUAAUUUUACUUGAACAUUUGUGCAAUAUUAUGAUAAAAGUUGGAAUUUUACUCAAUAACAGUCGCAAUUUUACAAGAAAAUCUUACAAUUUUGGCAAUUUUAUGAAAAGAGUGGUCAUUUUACUCGACAAAAGUCAUAAUUUUAUAAGAAAACUUGAAAAUGCUGGCAAUAUUAUAAUAAUAAUCGGAAUUUUACUCGGCAAAAUUAUGACAAGUCAUAAAUGUCACUAUUUUAUAAGAACAAAAAAGUUGGCAAUAUUGUGAUAAAAGUCAGGAUUUUAUAUGACAAAUGUCACCAUUUUGCAUUAAAAAGUAAUAAUUUUACAUACAAAAAGUAAUACUUUGACGAGCAAAUAUUGCAAUAUUACAUAAACAGAAAGAAUAUUAGAAAUUGUUCCCAAUGUUAUAAGAAAAAAGUCGACACAUUGUGAGAAAAAACUGCUUGUAGUUAUUUUUUGAUUUUUUUUGUAAUUUUUGGUUUGUAAUUGUUUUUUAAUCUUCACUAUUUACUUCGUUAUUACAGUAUGUCUCUAUAUACAUAUUUAUUUUAUUGUUUUAUUAAUUUUGGCCAAAAGGGGGCGCAUUUCAAUUUCUUACACACACUUGUUAUUUCAUAUGUUGGCCAGGGGGGGAGCACUUUUAAAAGCGACACACAGUCAAAUUGAAAAAUCCCUCCUUUUUGGGACCACCCUCAUUUUGAUAGGUGUCACCACCAAAUGAGACAUUGUCUAUUAGAUGCAAUGUUAUUGAUUCAUGUCAUCACUUGUUCACACCUCCUCAUAUGGAAGAUACUUUUCCUUCUUCAUGUCUCAAGAAGGGUAGGAAUACAAGAACACACACACACACACACACACACACACACACGCACACGCAUACCUAUCAGACCGAGCCAUGUCCGAGGAGAUGAACGUGACGAUUCUGCUGCUGAGGUGGAGGCGACACCUUCGGGGGUCUGUUGUUCCCCACAGUUAUACAUCUGACUACUCAGCAGACAUCUGGACUGUCAACCUGCUGUGGACGAGUCCUGAUGACAAUAACAAGAGUAUGAGUGUAUCAUUACAACAGUAUGGGUGUAUCAUUACAACAGUAUGAGUGUAUCAUUACAACAGUAUGGGUGUAUCAUUACAACAGUAUGGGUGUAUCAUUACAACAGUAUGGGUGUAUCAUAACAACAGUAUGGGUGUAUCAUUACAACAGUAUGGGUGUAUCAUUACAACAGUAUGGGUGUAUCAUUACAACAGUAUGGGUGUAUCAUAACAACAGUAUGAGUGUAUCAUUACAACAGUAUGGGUGUAUCAUUACAACAGUAUGAGUGUAUCAUUACAACAGUAUGGGUGUAUCAUUACAACAGUAUGGGUGUAUCAUUACAACAGUAUGGGUGUAUCAUAACAACAGUAUGAGUGUAUCAUUACAACAGUAUGGGUGUAUCAUUACAACAGUAUGGGUGUAUCAUAACAACAGUAUGAGUGUAUCAUUACAACAGUAUGGGUGUAUCAUUACAACAGUAUGGGUGUAUCAUUACAACAGUAUGGGUGUAUCAUUACAACAGUAUGAGUGUAUCAUUACAACAGUAUGGGUGUAUCAUAACAACAGUAUGAGUGUAUCAUUACAACAGUAUGGGUGUAUCAUAACAACAGUAUGAGUGUAUCAUUACAACAGUAUGGGUGUAUCAUUACAACAGUAUGGGUGUAUCAUAACAACAGUAUGGGUGUAUCAUAACAACAGUAUGAGUGUAUCAUUACAACAGUAUGGGUGUAUCAUUACAACAGUAUGGGUGUAUCAUUACAACAGUAUGGGUGUAUCAUAACAACAGUAUGGGUGUAUCAUAACAACAGUACGGGUGUAUCAUUGUGUUCAAAUGGUGGAUGGAUAGACAAUGAAAUGUUUGAUUGGUUCCAAGCUGGUUCUUUCUCCCCAAGUCUUUGCUUUGUUGCUCCACUUACUUUAUGUCAACUUUCUUUUGCACUGCAGGGUUUUAAGAGACUAACAUGUCAAGUAUUUGCACUUGCACCCAGGGGUGCUGCACAGACAAUAAGCGGUGAUCCUUGCUUUAAGUCAUUACCACUUCCAGCUAUCGGGGAUCAAUAAACAUUGAUUAGAACUUCUUCUUUA